AUUGGAUUUUAGUCCAUUAAGGAGACAGUGAUUGAUUGGUGGACAAAUUGGAGCUCUAAUCGGGCAGGAAAUGUUUUUAUAGGGACAAAAGAUAUUUCAAAAUGAAUGCUGCUGCUUUAUAAGGAAGCCAAACCAAGCGCCAAGCUGUUGCUAGCAAACACAAACAUUCAUUUUUGUGAUUUUUCUCAACUGGGUUUUGUUCUGAGGAUCAAGUUUAGGCCUUCUUCUGCACAACCAUCAGAAUCCAGUCUGAUUUCUCCUCUAUUAACUGAGAUGGCCGAGGGUAGUAUGCCUGGGAUGCCUGAAGCUGAUAUAACAGCCCUAACUGAAGCGCUUUAUGCUCAACAACAACUACUGCAAAAGCUUUACUCUGAACUGGAUCAGGAAAGAGAAGCAUCAUCUACUGCAGCUGAUGAAGCUCUAUCCAUGAUACUGCGCCUGCAAGGAGAAAAGUCUGCCAUGAAGAUGGAAGCAAGUCAAUAUAAGAGAUUGGCAGAGGAAAAGAUAUGUCAUGCUGAGGAAGCUCUUGCAAUAUUUGAAGAUCUCAUUUAUCAGAAAGAAAUGGAAAUUGCUUCUCUUGAGUUCCAACUUCAGGCUUAUAGGUACAAACUUUUAAGCAUGGGUUGCAGCACUGAAUUAGGUGCCGGUGAAAAUGUAUAUCCAGAGAAUUUGUUGUUUCAAAGAAGUGAUCUUGGCAAUGCGGAAACAGGUGUUAGUGGGACUAUAAGAAGAAUCAACUCUCUGCCUCCACUUGAACUCAAGGAAUUCCUCAACAAGAAAAGCACUACGGAUAAAGACAGAGACAGAGACAGAGACAGAGAAAGAGAAAGAGAAAGAGAAAGAGAAAGAGAAAGAGACAGAGAGAGAGAAAGAGACAGACCCAUGAUCCCUAAGCCAGAAUGUGUUAAAAAAAAGCCAGAGAAAAAGGUGGACCAGGAAGUCAAUUUCCAGAGCUUAGAUGUAGAGAAGAAAUCAAUAAAUUAUGCAGGUGGGAACAUGAAUACAAUCUGGGAGCAGAUUAAGAAGUUAGAUGCACGAGUGAAAGAGAUAUCAGAUUGUAAAGAUUAUGGUAGGGAGAAAUCUUUACUCUUGAAGGGUCCGUCCAGGACUUGUUCAUUACCCUCAGUUCCAAAAGUAAGCGUAAACACAUCACGUAACCCAACAAGCGAAGAAAUUAUUGCCAGUUUGGAUAAGCUUAAGCAAAGUGAGAUUCUACAGGAAAGGGAGGCAAUUGUUAGUCCUUCAUGCUCCUCAAGUGUCCAUGAUGUUUUUGAAGUCCCACAAAGUUAUGAGAAUGCUAAAGCUUGUGAAGGUGAGAAGAAAGAACUUAGUAAGUUGACUGUGGAAGUCGAGAACAGGCUGGGAAAGCCAGAUUUGGUGUUGGAUGAGACCAGUGAAAUAUAUGCUAAAGAUGAAACAGACAGGGUAAGGAAAAUUUUGCAUUGCAAGAAGCAAGAGAAUAAAAUAUUUAAACCAAGAGAUGGAAUAAGUACUGCUGACUCUAAUUUGAGGGAGAGAUUGGCUGGGGUUACUGAAUCUCAGCAAGCCAAAUUUCAACAGCUGUGGAGGAGAAUAGAGCAGCUUGAGGGAGAGAGAAAUAGUAUAAGGCAAGAAAUUAGUCAUGCAGGAGAAGAGGAGUUGAAGCUGUUUCAGGAGAUACAUGAGCAUCUUAAUUUAAUACAGUCUGAAAUGCGUAGUUGGAAGCCUAAGAAACCCCCUCCGCAGGAUGACGAGCCCUUGCACUCUGUUAUGGAGGCAAUGCUACACUUUUGGCUUUGACCAAGCAAUUCGGUGUCGCUGAUGAACUUCAUGCAUCAUCAGUUUUAAAGGUGCUAUGCAGAAAGGAUUCCGUAAGAAUAUCUUUGACCUUUUCUUCUCCAGUGGGUGGUGUGAACUAAUAAAUUAGAUUCUUUGAUUUGAUUUGUAUAGCUCCUAAUACAAUGUAAAAUUUUCAAUGUGUACAUUGAGUCUUACUACAGUACAAACAAAUCUUUCUUCUGAAUUAGGAUUGUACAAGGAAUGCUUCCAUGUACAUUUUAUUAUUUUGAAAUUGAAAUGCAGGUUGUAA